AUGGAUGAUGGCGAUGACGACAGCCACGACCUCGCGGGCUCGGAUAACGAGAGCGACGAAGACGGAAAGCCGUCCAGGAAGAAGAAGAAGGGCCAAAGAUUCUACUGCACCGACUUUCCACCAUGCAACCUCAGCUUCACUCGCAGCGAGCAUCUGGCCCGGCACAUCCGAAAACACACGGGUGAACGCCCCUUCGAGUGCCACUGCUCCCGCCGAUUCUCUCGCCUCGAUAACCUGCGUCAACAUGCGCAGACAGUCCAUGUCAACGAAGAGAUACCUGGCGACUCUCUGGCAGCGACUGGGACUAGGUUUCAGAGACAGAUUCGAACGGACCGCGUACGUCCGCCAAACGUGAGGCCUAGAGCGGCAACCGCUGGUAGCGGCGGCCACAGCGCAUACAGCAGAGGCCACAGCAGGAACCUGUCCGCUUCUAGUGUCCUCUCGACUACCUCGAGUCUGGCCAUGUCCGAUGUUGGGGAGAGUCGUCCGCGUCCCUCCCCUCUGCUGUUGAACGCUGAUCCCGUAGCAAGAGCGAGAAUGAGUCUGGACACGUUCAAUCCGGCCAUCCCCAACAACGGCCCUCAGUUUGGCUACUAUCACCAGUCGCCUAGUGGCUACAGCUCUCCCACCGCCUCCAACUUCUCUGCUGGCGAAGCCAGCCCUAGGUUCCAAGCCUCUAUGCAAUCACCGUCUCUGCCCACGAGGUCAUCGUUCUACAACGGUACUAGAACACCCUCUCGCCGUCUGUCUGUACCUUCUGGUGUCAGCCCUUACUCGCCGCCGACUGCAACCUAUCAGCCAGUCUACUUUGCCCCCCUGUCUUCCGGUCCUGCUGCUCAGUACUCAAACACGAGCGGUAUGGUCGCCAGUCCAGCUGCCUCUACCUUCUCACACCACCGCCGUGAGUCUGACGCAGAGCUAGAGUGGAGGAGAAGAACAUGGCAUCCCAGCACUCACGCAAACUAUGCCAGUCGUCCUGCGACCAGUGGCUUGGCUUAUAACCAGACUCCCGACGACGCCGCUCCUGCUCUUGCCUCCCAGCCAGCAGCAAGCCAGAUCACUAGACUUCCUGGUAUUGAAAGUUUCGACCACGCUCCUCCCCCUCCUGCUGCUCCUGCACGCAACAUUACCAGCCCCAUGCAGAUUGACUCUGCCCGUCACCCGUUGACGCAUUCAGGUCCGAUCGAGCAUAAUCUUCACCAUGGUCUCAACAGGUUGGAGAUCGCUCAUCCUCCAGUGGAUCAGUCCCGCGUACUGCCAAGCCAGAGACUGCCCGCAGCAGCUCGUUCCGAACAGUCUCAGCAGCCUGCUCCUGGAUAUGCGCUUCCUCAGUUGCAGCCACUCGCUGAUCUACGCUCUGCUGCUUCCGAUGACCGUGCAAACAAGCGUCAAGCCUGGUACGGUGGCCCGAUGGGCCCUCCUCAGGGAAGUCAGCCAAUCAUGAUCGCACACCGCACCUCGCCAGAAUCCAGCAGCAGUGAAGGUAUCCCUACACCUUCGACCUCUCAGGGCAGAGAACUGCAUCCAGCCAUCAUGCACGCGAAUGGAAUGGUUGAGUUGCAGCCCCCAGACGCAGUGCUGACUGAUGAGCAAAGAGCACUUCAGGCCCACUACCAGGGCAAACCUGAGCCUACGAGAGCAGACUCUGGCUUCCACAGCUACGUGCACAUGCCUGGUCAACAGCCCACUGUGUACAUGAUGCAAGCCGGUCACAACAUGCAAGCCCAGUCUCCCGAAUGGCGUCCCGCACCUAUCAAUCCGAGAGCCAAUCCUGACAUGGGAAGACUUGAAGCACUCGUUGCUGUUGCCACCAGCGAAAACCGUGCUGUCGAACACCGUGGUUGA